AUGAAUUAUACUAAAAAACAGAAGGAGGCAAUAUUAAAUCAUCUUAGAUUGGAGAGAGCAAAAGUAGCGAAACGGAAUGAAAUAUCCAAGAAGAAAUUAGCAGACCAAACUUCCCAAAAGGUACUACGAAGAUUGAAUGGAGUCAGUGUAACGUUAUGGGAUAUCAAAUUGAAAGACAUAUUUCAAGUGGAAAGAUCAAAGAAACUAGUUGCCAAAAACCUAGUCAGAGACGUGCAGGACAUGAGGCGAAAACUACUACUUGAACAAAAGAAAAGUCCACUGAAGACAACACACACAAGCACCACUUAA